AUGGACAACGAUCAACCGCCGCAACGGGAGAGAAGCAAGAUGGCGGCGUACCUGCCUCCGGAGCUCGUGCGGGAGAUCAUGGUCCGUCUGCCCGUCAAAACGCUGCUGCGGUUCAGGGGCAUCUGCAAGGGCUGGCGCGACAUGAUCUCCGACGACGCAGAGUUCCGCGGCGCCCACCUCCGUCUUCAGAAGCCAUGCUUGCUCGCCUGGAGCAGUACAAAAGAAGACCGCAGGAACAAGGUCACCACCGUCGGCCUGUACGUGCCGGAGGAGAGCGCAGCCAUCACGGAUACCAUGGAGUUGCCCCUUGAAUGCGAGUCGCACAGCUUCGCGCACUGCGAUGGGCUGCUGCUAAUGCCCACAGAGACCGUGGUCCGCGUGGUCAACCCAGCCACGCGGCACGUUCUCACGCUGCCCGAGAGCUCCAACAGCGUAGCGCCAAAGUUCUGCUUCGACGUGUUUUACACCCACCAGGUGUUUGGCAUUGGUCACGACCCUCGCAGCGAUACCUACACCGUCGUCCGCUUCUUCUUCGGCUCCUUGGACCUACUCCCCACGGACGCUCAUCGCUAUAACUUUGGGCUGGAGGUGUUCACCAUCGGGGUGGACCGGCAUUGGCAUGAGACGGCGGUGAAACCGCCGUAUCCUGCUGAUGUUGGCAGAACCGCAACCUUCUUUAAAGGCUCGCUCUUUUGGAUCAUCGACGAGGAAAAACUCGAUGAAGGAGAAUCCGCACCAGGGUUUCUCCGCUUUAGGCUGGAGGACGAGUCGUUCAGUGUCACGCCGCCGCCUCCUUGCUGCCGAGGGCUAAAAUACACAACGUCCCACAUGGCUGAGCUGCGUGGGGAGCUGUGUGUGGCUCAUGCGGGGCCCAAGUAUGAUUCGAUUGAGAUUUGGAUGUGUAACGACGUAGACAUCAACCUGCCGCGAUGGAAUCGGUGUUACACCUUCGGCCCCCUUUUUCUAUCGAAAGAUCCAACGCUUAUAACCUAUAUGUACGAUCGAUGCCAGUAUUUGCUAGUCCAACAAGUUCUCAAGGACAUUGUUGGCAUAGAUAUUGACCUGAUGCAUCACGACCUUGACUUUGUAAUCCGCUACACUCCAUCACUAGGUCUCUUGUCUAGUUGA